GGCGCAGUUUCCGGCGCGGCCGCUUCCGGUGUCCUUCGCGCGCGGCCAUGGCGCAGAACCUGAAGGACCUGGCGGGACGGCUGCCGGCCGGGCCGCGCGGCGUGGGCACCGCUCUCAAGCUGCUGCUGGGCGCCGGCGCCCUGGCCUAUGGUGUCCGAGAGUCUAUCUUUAUCGUGGAAGGCGGGCAGCGGGCCAUCUUCUUCAACCGCAUCGGCGGCGUCCAGCAGGACACCAUCCUCGCCGAGGGGCUGCACUUCAGGGUCCCCUGGUUCCAGUACCCCAUCAUCUAUGACAUUCGAGCCCGGCCGCGGAAAAUCUCCUCCCCCACUGGCUCCAAAGAUCUGCAGAUGGUGAACAUUUCACUGCGUGUUCUCACACGCCCAAAUGCUGCUGAGCUGCCCAGCAUGUACCAGCGUCUGGGCCUGGACUAUGAGGAGCGAGUCCUGCCUUCCAUCGUUAAUGAAGUGCUCAAGAGUGUAGUGGCCAAGUUUAAUGCUUCACAGCUUAUCACUCAAAGAGCUCAGGUGUCUCUGCUUAUUAGGCGAGAGCUGACAGAAAGAGCCAAGGAUUUCAGCCUCAUCCUGGAUGAUGUGGCAAUCACGGAGCUUAGUUUCAGUCGCGAAUACACAGCAGCUGUGGAGGCUAAGCAAGUGGCUCAGCAGGAGGCACAGCGUGCACAGUUUCUAGUGGAGAAGGCCAAGCAGGAGCAGAAGCAGAAGAUUGUUCAGGCUGAAGGAGAAGCUACAGCUGCUAAGAUGCUCGGUGAAGCUCUCAGCAGGAAUCCAGGCUACAUCAAGCUACGUAAGAUCCGAGCUGCUCAAAACAUCUCGAAAACGAUUGCUGCAUCACAAAACCGUGUGUAUCUCACAGCAGAUAACUUGGUACUAAACCUGCAAGAUGAGAGCUUCACCAGAGGAAGGUAAGGCACUGUUUAUUUUGAUGUUUUUGUUAGUACUUGGAACAAGGGUGUUGGGUGUUUGCCUGAUGUCUGUGAUAUUUCUGGCUUGAGCCUUUUUGGCUACAGGAAGUUUAUUCCAUCUCUGCCUCAGUUUCCAUUUGUGAUGUGAAGCUUGAAGCCCUUCCUUGCAGGGGCCACUCAAACAUCUACAGCAAAUAGAAGACAAGUUGAGCUCAAUGUGUGUCCCAUAAGGAACUUUGCAUGGAGAAGGCAGGAGUAACUGAGGAGCAUCCUCUGACAGGUCCCGUGUGUACAGGGUGUCCUGUGUUUAUGGCAAAGGGGGCUGUAAGAAGGCAGUUAGAUGAUCAUAGGAAUUUGUGUUGGUUUGGGAUAACGACCUCUUGGAGAGUAGCGAGAACAUCUUUCCUAAAGCUUUUCGGUCCAUGCUGGAAAACCCCAUUCCCAGCUUUCUGAGCUAGCAGGAGUUCGGUGGCUCUGCCUGUUCUGGACAGUGUUUACUGGCCACGGCAGUGCCAGGUGAGCUAGUAGCAUGCAGCUAGAAGUUUUAGAUUUCUUAGAAUAAGAAAGGAAAUCGGAGCUGGUUUCUUUUCUGAGGGAUCCCCGAUUGCAAGAUCCUACUUCCUUACUUCUGACCAGAUUCUUAGUCAUCUGAGAAGGCUUAAGCAGCUUUGAAGAAAGUACCUGGUAUGAAGUCCAGAUCCUUUGGGUGUGAAACCCCACACCUCCAAGUCUGUAGUGAGGGUCUGGUUCAGCUUUGCUUGUGCUUUAUGGACUAAUGCCUCACUUCUGUCUCUUUCAGUGACAGUCUCCUACUCAAACAAGGGAAGAAAUGAAAGGAACUAAAGCCUCCUAGAACCACUGGCGCUGACCAGCAGAAGAUAUGAGUGAGGAGCUUUGAACUCCCUGCACUAGCAUUGUUUGCCCUCAAUUUGAAGUUGAUAAUCCAGUAGCCAGAUUGGUUCCCAUGCCCCUGUUCCACCUGUGGUGAUCCAGCUAUGGGGUUGGUCUCUGCCACUGGGCAGCUGUUGUCCCCUUUCUGACCCCAUCAGUUAAAUAUGGGGAGCGGGCAACGGUGCUUACUGGUGUUAACUUAUGUGAGUAUAGUAGUUCACCUCUAAUCUUCAUUCAUCUCUAGAUUUCUGUAGGGUAAAAUCAGAAUUCUGGGGUUUGGCCCAGUGAGGGAGUUCUGCUGCCAUUGGCACCUGACUUUUUUUCUAGUAAAUUUUGUUUCUCACUCUCGAUCCCAAGAGAACUGGGGACCGAAUGCAGGAAAACGUCAUUCAUUGGGUGCCUGUCACUGCUGGAGUGUCUUUGCGUCACUGUCUGCUCAGUGAUUCUUUUGAACAUUUAUAAAAAUUAAAGCCCCCAAAUUUAUACUUUGUCUAA